AUGGACGGCCGUGGCCUGGACACUCCCCGCUACGACCAGCUCCCUCAAAACUUUUCGUCUGCAGGCUCGACCAUUGGCGCUCCAACAGACGCAGGCGACAGCGAGCACAGACAAUCAGGCGUAGCAUCAACCAUCAGCGGAUCACUACUCUCGUACUAUUCAGGAAGAGACAUGGCGGGAUUAUUGAAGAAGAUGGACGGCAGAGAGUACAACUCGCUCAAUGAUGCCUAUUUCUUACCCAGUGACGAGGCGGAAUGGGACAGAUUAGAUAAGCAGCACAUUGCCUUUCGAGUUGGGCUCAAGGCCCUCGUGCCCUGCCCAGACAUUGUAGAUGCCUGUCUCGCUCCGGCUCCAGGGAUCACCCGUAAAGUCCUCGAUCUCGGAUCCGGAACCGGCGUAUGGGCGAUUGACAUGGCAAGAGAGUACCCACACGUCUCCGUUGUAGGCGUAGAUCUAGCUCCCACCCCUCUUGACCCCGCAUCAGUCCCGUCAAACUGCCGCUUCGAAGUAGACGACGUCAAUCUUGGCUUGGGUCACUUUUACGACCAAUUUGAUGUCGUACACGCCCGUCUCAUCUCAAGCGGCAUCAAGGACUAUCGCAACAUGAUGGAAGAGGCAGAAAAGUGUCUCAAGCCAGGUGGAGUUGUCGUCUUUGUCGACUAUGACGCAAUGUUUUGCGCACAAGAUCAAGUAAGCAGGCAGCCCAUGGCGGAAACAAACGAGAAUGGCUCUUGGUUGGUCAGGUGCAGUCACGAAAUGCGACAUGGUGCUCCACUAAAGGGCAGCGACAUUCUUGGUAUGGAGAAGUGUCUCGACGAAGGCGUCUGGGAUCACGAACUGCUUGACCCAGAAACUGCACAAGCUGGAAGUCUCUUCCUUCCGAUUGGCCCAUGGGUCCGCGUCCCCGAUCCGGCCAAGUCGGAGCAAAUGAAAUUCGUCGGCACUAUCAUCCGCCACGACUACACCAGCGCAUUCCGCGCCGUCAUUCCCGUCUUUGGUCGCCUCGGUGUCCCACCAGAGGUCGUCGAGAAGUGGAAACCACAUGUAGAAGAAGGCAAGUUUCUGCUCUGA